GUUGUGAAGUCGUGUGUUAUGCACAGCAACGUGCUCCCCAAAUAAUAUAUCGUUUCCUCUCUUUUUUGAACGGGUUUUUUUUUUGUUGGUCUAACUGUCUCCGGUGUGGUCUGUCCUUCAAAGGAUAUUUUCUUUUUUUUACUAUUAAAAUAAAUUAAAGAAAAUAAUAAUAAUACAAAAUUAUUAUCUUAAAAAAUAUUUCCAAAUUUGGUAUAAUAUUCUUGAGUGAUUGAGUGUUAUAUUGGUGAUGACAGUGAUUAAGGAGUAAUUUUGAAAAAUUUAUGAUCUAAAAUAAAAUAGUGUUCUUGUGGUAAAGUGUUAUAAGUGCCAAAAAAAAGUAAAAAAUCUAUAACAAAAUAUAUAUCAUUUCAUAUAAAAGAAGUGUCUAAAAGGGUUCUUUAUACACUUACAACCCAAAUAAUAUAAAUAGCAAAAUACUCAUUUCAAUUGGCAGCAUCAUCCACCUAUAAAUAUGGGCAAGAAAAAUUCCAAAUUGAAGCAGGAUACCAUCGAUCGGCUUACCACAGAUACUUACUUCACAGAAAAAGAAAUCAGACAAUGGCACAAAGGUUUUCUAAAAGACUGUCCGAACGGUUUACUCACAGAACAAGGUUUUAUCAAAAUUUACAAACAGUUCUUCCCACAAGGAGAUCCCAGCAAAUUUGCCUCACUUGUGUUUAGGGUUUUUGACGAGAACAACGAUGGUUCGAUAGAAUUUGAGGAAUUCAUUCGGGCGUUAUCGAUUACAUCGAGAGGAAAUCUAGACGAAAAGCUGCAUUGGGCGUUUAGACUUUACGAUGUUGACAAUGAUGGCUUCAUUACCAGAGAUGAAAUGUACAACAUUGUGGAUGCCAUUUAUCAAAUGGUGGGUCAACAACCACAAACUGAGGACGAAAAUACCCCACAAAAACGAGUGGAUAAAAUAUUUGAUCAAAUGGAUAAAAAUCAUGAUGAUCGUUUAACACUGGAAGAAUUUCGUGAGGGUAGUAAAGCUGAUCCACGUAUAGUUCAGGCGUUAAGUUUAGGUGGUGAUUAGCCGAAAGAAACGUAGUCUAAAAAUUAGGUUCACUUAUAAUAAAAUUAAUAAAAAUAUAUAUAUACUUAAAUUAUUUCAAGCAAAAAUAAAAACAGAUAAAAAAAAACCCUUUCAACAAAAAAUUAAAAUAUAUAUUUUCAACUACCAACUCAUAAACCAAAAAAAACUUAAAAAACAACUUCACUGAACAGAUAACAAAAAAAAAAAAAUUAAAAAAUAAGCUUCUCCAUGUUGAAAAUAUUAACUAUCAAAAAAAAACUUCCUGAAAAAUCAACACACUUCGCUUCAAAUUGGGAAGAUAUUUAGGUUCGAUCUUGAAGAACGAAAAAAAAGUCAAUCAUCAAGUCUGUAGAUAAAAAUUCGAAAAAGAUAACGCUCAGCAAUUUUUUGAAAAAUAAAAAAAGUUAGAUUUUGACAAAAAUAAUAAUAAAAAUUAAAUGAUGAGGAAGAGUGUAAAAAUAUAAUAUAUUGUAAAUUUAAAAAUAUCUUCAACGAAAAUUAGAAAAACAAAAUCUAAGAAAAAUUU